CUUCUCACGCUUUCUGUUUCAGUUCAGAAAUACAUAAAAAUGUGCCAGUUUACGUCCUCCCAUUGCUCCUGCAAAUGUAAUUCAAACGUUCUUUACCUUUGGGAAGGGUCCAACACUUACGAACCGUUGAUCCUCAGAAGCCCAGCACCAAAACAAGAAGAAAACUGCAGCUUAACCAUCCCUCUUCUUGUCAAGGAAGCCAUUUCCAUUGCAAAGAUAGCUCUUCCUAUGAUAUUAACAGGGCUCAUGUUAUACUCCCGUUCAUUGAUUUCCAUGCUGUUUCUUGGCCGCCUCGGUGAGCUUGCUUUGGCAGGAGGUUCACUUGCCAUUGGGUUUGCUAAUAUCACCGGUUACUCUGUUCUUUCUGGUCUUGCCGUAGGAAUGGAAUCCAUUUGUGGACAAGCCUUUGGUGCCAGAAAGUAUACCCUUCUCGGAACCACGUUGCAAAGAACGGUGCUUCUGCUUUUAAUUUCUUCUUUGCCCAUUUCUCUUCUAUGGAUGAACAUGAGGAGAAUACUCAUACUUUGUGGACAAGAUGAAACUAUAGCCAAAGAAGCACAAUUAUAUCUUAUUUACUCGGUUCCUGACCUCUUGGCUCAGUCUCUUUUGCACCCGCUAAGAAUCUAUCUUAGAACCCAAUCCAUAACUUUACCUUUGACAUGUUGCGCUAUGCUAUCCAUUCUUCUACACCUACCAAUUAAUUAUUUUCUUGUAUCUCACCUUAGAUUAGGAACCCGGGGAAUUGCUCUUAGCGGGGUAUGGACUAACUUCAAUCUUGUAGGCUCAUUGAUAAUCUAUAUUCUCUACUUUGGAGUCCAUAAAAAGACGUGGGGAGGAUUUUCAAUGCAGUGCUUUAAAGAAUGGAAAUCUCUAUUGAAUUUGGCCAUUCCAAGUUGCAUUUCAGUCUGCCUUGAAUGGUGGUGGUACGAGAUCAUGAUUCUUCUAUGCGGGUUGCUGUUAAACCCCAGAGCUGCUGUGGCUUCAAUGGGUAUUUUGAUUCAAACAACAGCGUUAAUCUACAUAUUUCCGUCUUGUCUAAGUUUCAGUGUAUCAACCAGAGUAGCAAAUGAGCUCGGAGCAAACCAGCCCAAGAAGGCGAAGCUCGCCGCCGUUGUUGGCCUUUACUGUGGCUUCAUGCUGGGCUUUUCAGCACUUUUUUUCGCUGUAAUGGUUGGGAACUUUUGGGCUACCAUGUUUACGGAUGAUAAAGAGAUCAUAACAUUAACUUCUGUUGCUUUGCCUAUAAUCGGAUUAUGUGAACUUGGGAACUGCCCACAAACUACUGGGUGUGGAGUGCUGAGGGGUACCGCCAGGCCGAAACAGGGAGCGAACAUUAACCUCUGUUGCUUUUACCUUGUCGGUAUGCCAGUGGCUGUAUGGUUAGCGUUUUUCGCAGGAUUCGAUUUUAAGGGAUUGUGGCUUGGAAUGUUGGCAGCCCAAGGCUCAUGUAUGGUGACCAUGAUGCUGGUUUUGAUUAGAACAGACUGGGACUUUGAGGCUGAAAGAGCCAAGGAGCUGACCGGAGCCGAAGUGGUGGUUGUUGAUGACAGCAAAGAUGUUGAGCAAGAGAAGCCACGCAAUGGCAAAGCAGAAAACAAGGAGGGUUCGUUUUCUUUAUUAGGCGAUUUAGAUCAUCAUAGCCUCGUUUAAUUAAUCAUUUUUUAUUGUAUUUGUAGUUUUGUCUAACCUGUUACCUGUACAGCUUAAGGCAAGCGUAGGGAGAAACGAGGGGAGUUUUUUCUCGCUUAAAAGGGUUUAAAGCUGUCUUUUAGAGUUUGCGACUUCCAUUGAAAUUCAAACGUAAACAAUAAAAUUCCCUUGAAAAGAAAAAGAGAAAUUGAAUCUCAUGGGAAGUAGCAAAAAUGUCGCUAAAAAUCUAUUGUCACCCACCAUUCUCUGUAUUGUACCCUGUUUUCAGAGUUGUACACAACUAGUAGCGAUUUUAAUCAAAAUGUAACUUGGUGUUGCGUUAUUUGAUUCUUUGACUAUGGACCCAGUUGUCCAUUCUAUGUUCAACAAUCACGAGUGAAGAGUUAA